UUGAGAAACGGCUUGCGCGGACCUUUACUAUAAAAACCCUGGAUCCUGUAUAAAACGCUAAAGAAUGGAUAAUACAGAAGACUUUACGUUAAGUGACGAAGAAGAAGAAAUUACAGCUGAUACUGUACUGAAAACUUUACAAACCGCUUGGCAGAACGAACGAUUAGCUCCAGAAAUAUUGCCGCAUUGCAAUGAUAUGGUGGAGUGCAUGUUGGGUCAAAUACAACACAUGGAGCGAAACAUCAACAAGUUACCGAAAACAGAUCUUCGGGCCUGUAUUCACAAAAUGGAACUAAGUAGAAUAAAGUUUAUUAUAUGCAAUUAUUUAAAGAUAAGACUAAAUAAAAUAGAAAAAUAUUGUAUUCCAAUAAUUAAUGAAGAGAAGCAACGGAUAGAAUCCGGUACGAACUAUUUAACACCCGCCGAAUAUAAAUAUGCGCAAGAAUAUUUGCUGAACAUGGAAAGUCACCUGAAGUCAGUAGUUCUGAAUAAGGUUCCCAGUAACAUGCAAGCAUUUGAUAUGGGUAAAAUGGCAGUGUAUCCAAACUUACAUAGCCAUGUAUUUUUAAAGGCUAAAGAGAGUGUGAAUGGUGUAGUGCUCGAGGAUCUUUAUGGUGACCAGGAUGAGGAAAUAGACUUGGAAGAGGGUUCACAACACAUCCUUCAGUACAAACCCAUCGCUGAUUUAGUGAAGAAUGGAAAAGUACAUCUAAUUUGAAAACAAUUCUGUGAAAAUGAGUUCAGAAAGGUAAGUAUGCAAAUAAUUUGGAACCAGAUUUGGAUGAAAUAAACUAUUUGUGGUUAACGUGGCAUACUAUAUGAUAUAAACUUAAGAUAUAUUUAAAAAAAAUCUGUAUUUUGUAUUGUAUUGUUGGUUACAUUAUUUUUUGUCUAAAUCUUGUAAAUUCAAGAGUUCAAAUGAAUGAAAUAGACAGUUAAACUUUAGAUAUAUUGGUUUUAUGAGAGAGAAGUUGUAUUCAUGGCCCAAGCCACUUUACUAACGAAUGAGGUAUGGAGCAUACUUAAGGAUUUUUUCUGGAAUAACAUAGCGAUGUUACUCCAUGAACAAUGAGAUUCAUAUUGUGUUAUCCAUUAUAUAUAUUCAAGUGGCAAAUUGUUUGAAAUAAUAUUAUCUAUAAGCCCAUAUGGGCUUGGUGAUGUGUGGGUACUUACCCCAAUUGGGAUGUGUGUUAGAUCAUAUGAGAUUUACUGACUAAUAGUCAAAUAAAAUAUACCAGUUACACAGUCAAUAAAUAUUAAUGUAUUUCUUUUACUUAAAUACAAUACACAUGUAUAAUAUUAUUGUAACAAUUACAAUCUCAAAUUAAGUAUAUAAGGCAUCACUUUUACAGAUUUAAGUCUUGUAUUUUAUUGUACAUAUUUUUCGUUACCUUUCUGCAUUUCCAUUGUAUAACUUGGAAUGCUUAUUAAUAAACAUAAUAAAAUGCAUUUCUAUCAUAAGUACAUAAAGGUUCAUUCAAUAAAAAGUAAGUACAAAUAGGCAUUGUUGUAAUAAGUUGAAUAAGACCUGUGUGGGAAAAUAAUUUAUCCAGUCAUUGAGAACAUAUUUGUGACUACAGUAUUUGGUCCUUAUUAAAGCACUUGUCAUUCAUAAUGCAAUUCAUUCAAUCUAAUUAAAACUAAAGUGGAUACAU